UUGUUAUUUUUGUUUCAGAUAUUAGCCAAGUCUAAAAAUGGCUGGGAGUAAGGGAACGAACACUUACAACCGGCAGAACUGGGAGGACUCAGACUUCCCUAUCCUUUGUCAGACAUGUCUAGGGGACAACCCCUACAUCAGGAUGACCAAGGACAAGUUUGGGAAGGAGUGUAAAAUUUGCACUAGGCCGUUCACCAUCUUUAGGUGGUGUCCCGGAGCAAAGAUGAGGUUCAAGAAGACCGAGGUUUGCCAGACCUGCGCUAAACUCAAGAACGUGUGUCAGACCUGUAUGCUGGAUCUAGAGUACGGGUUGCCAGUACAGGUUCGAGACCACGCUCUCAAGAUAGCGGACAGUCUCCCGACCUCUGCCGUGAACAGGGAGUACUUCCUUCAGAACGUAGACUCUGCCCUGGCGGACAGCGGAGGAUUUGGUCCCGGCGGAGCUCUAGGAAAGCUGCCCAGCCAUAAGUCUGAGUUGUUGGCUAAACUGGCGCGUACUACUCCGUACUAUAAGAGAAACAGACCUCAUAUCUGUAGUUUCUGGGUCAAGGGAGAGUGUAAGAGAGGAGAGGAGUGUCCGUACAGACACGACAAACCGACAGAUCCUGACGAUCCUCUCGCCGAUCAGAACAUCAAGGACAGAUACUAUGGUGUGAAUGAUCCUGUAGCGGAUAAACUAUUGAACCGGGCUAAAGCUCUGCCCCACUUGGAGCCUCCAGAGGAUAAAUCUAUUACUACUCUUUAUAUCGGAGGCCUGGAUGAGGGUACUACUGAGCAGGAUGUACGCAAUGCGUUCUAUGCAUACGGAGAAGUUAGAAGCAUCAACACUGUUCCAAAACAGGGAUGUGCGUUUGUGCAGUUCACAAAACGAUCUUCUGCCGAGCAAGCUGUAGAGAAAUCUUUCAACAAACUCGUCAUCAGAGGCGCCAAGGCAACAAUACGUUGGGGCAAAUCACAGGGAAAACCUGUCGCCGGUGGUGCCCUCGACGCUGGAGAAAUGGGACAGAUGUCCCUGCCUACCUCGCUCCCCCCGGCACCUACCGAAGCGAGUAAGAACUACUUUGGAUUGGCCGGGCCGCCGAGCGGGUUGGGACCAAUGGGGUUCCUUGGUCUACCUCCUACUCUACCCCAGGCUGCUGCUGGUGCUCUUCACUAUCCCAGCCAGGAUCCAAGCAGGAUGGGAGCAGCUCAGCAGCAUUUCUAAUGCUUUUUCUUAUUUUAAGCAGUCAACUUUCGUUAACUUCACGUUGAAAUGUUUAGAAUAAAAUACAUUAUUUUUUCCCAUCUGUCUAGUAAUGGUUGGAAUGAGAUGUAAGAAAAUUAAAAUAAACAUAUUUCACAUAUUUUUGGUUGAUUGCAACUCUUUGGUUUAAAUGUAGACUGUCAUUUUUCAUUUCAGA